CACAUAGAAGCCCCAGCCCCCUGCGAUGUAAUUCCUAAAUAUGGGAGCACGCCUCAUUUAUAAACAGUGAAGAGGGGCCGAGAUCACUCACUGUUUCAUCUCAAGAGCUACAGUACUGAACAUCCUACCACACACUUCAUAACGUUAUUGUAAACCUUUUGGUCCAGUAAAUAUGGCAGAUUCCCAGAUGGCUGACUUUGGGGUAGUGGCCCCCUACCUGCGGAAAUCAGAGAAGGAGCGUCUGGAGACACAAACACGCCCCUCCGACAUGAAGAAGGAGAGCUUCAUGCCCGAUGCUGAGGAGGAGUAUGUGAAAGGCAACAUUGUCAGCCGUGACGGAGGUAUAGUUACUGCUGAGACUGAGAAAGGGAAGCACAAGAAUCUGGAGGCAAAGGAGGUAAAGGAGGAAAGAAGAAGGGUUCCUCCUUCCAGACUGUGUCGGCUCUGCACAGGGAGAACCUGAACAAGCUGAUGACAAACCUGAGGUCAACCCACCCUCACUUUGUGCGCUGCAUCAUCCCCAAUGAGACCAAGACCCCUGGGGCC